GUAAAUCAAGAACAAAAUGUCUCAUGUACUUGCUAACAGCUUAAUUAAAUACACUUUUAUUUUCCCUGACAUGGAUAUCUAGUGACUCCACUAACUCAACAUCAGUGUGCAGGUAAAAUAUGUUUCCUUUCUUUUCUUUUCUCUAGCCAAUGGAGAGUGAUUCAGCAUGGCAUGAAAAAUAACCUCACAUUCGAGCAGCUCUCCAUGCUGUGUCGAAGAUUGUUAAAAGUCGUGACCCAGACAGCCCUCCGCAUUCUCCUACCAGCGCUAGCUCGUAUCAUGGGGGUGAACCUGAGGAGUGGGGCAACCUCCCCAGAAUCCCAGUGCUCUCUGACAUGGUCUGAGGAUUCCUUAGGCAGUCUGGAUGAGAGAGAGAAAAGGCUGCUGAUCAGUGAGAUGAACAACUGGACUAAGGAGAGUGCAGGGUGCCGCCAAAAAUCCACCCGCAGGAUCUCAUCACCAUGCUGUUCGCCUAAGAGGUCCCAGACCUCAUUGCAGAGCUUGCCUGCAACUAGAGAGGCUCCCCUCAUGGAGGAGCCUCUGAAGGCUCUUUUUGGGGUAACGGAAGAGAGCCUCCUGAUAUCUCUGGUUGAGGGUCACUCCAACCCCACCUCCUCCAGCUCCUCCGAGUUGAGCUGUGCUAUCGUGGGAGAGGUAGUACAACAGCUUAACUCUGGCCUCUCAGUGGCCAUUCAGGCCAGCUCGGGGAGUUUCCCCCCUAUGGACAGUCAGGACAUAGCAGCAGGCAAGGAGGUCAUUCGGGUAGCCUCGGUGCAGAUCCUGGCCGAGCUACAGAGCCAAACGUCUGAGCCAGAGUGGGUAGGGUUUAUCGAGCCCCUCAUGGACCCUGUGACCGAUGAUGUGCUGGAUGCCAUUGUCGGCACAAUGGACAAAAUGGCACAGGACUUCAACAUCCUAUUGGAUCUGGCCAAGAAGAUGACAAUCUUGGGGUCUAAAUGUCUGACCAAUCUUCAAUGUGACCUUGAUGUUGAGUGUCCAUCUGGGAAAGAAGGGACCACUCACUUUCUCAAAGAGACUGGAUCCUCUACCAGUGUGGUGGCCAGAAAGAUGCAUACCCUCUCUUGCCCGACUUUCAGUCUAAAGCCCUGAAGGCGGUGAGCACCAUCCUUACAAGGAAAGUCAGCAGCUCUUCUGGCAUGGCUCCUUCCUCUAGGCCUUCUAGUGCUGCUCCUAGCCUUACUGAAGCUCCCCUGAAUACCAGCUGCACAGCCCUGACACCUGUAACCUCCACUGCCACAGUGAUUGUUAAGGCAUUUGUUAGAGGCAUGGAGACGAUAGCAUCAUUUGAAGGCACAUGUGAAGCAGUUGAUUGGCCAGUUCCUGUAAAUGACCACAAAACAGGAUCUUCACAGAUGAUAACCUUCUCUCUAGCCCGCACACUCUACGGCCGUAUACGAGCAAAGUUGAGGGACCUUUUAACUAUCCGCUCGAGAAGAAGGUGUGGCUAAGGAUGCUUCUCUUCAGGAGACUUCAGACACCCUGGAAAAGGCAACUGUUUCAACUGUUGAGGUCCAGUUACCCAGCACCGUACUUAGUAGAGUUCCCAGUGAGAGCCAACCAAUACCAGCUCUCUGUCUCUCCAAUCUGGAUACCAGUACUCAAGAAGUUCUUAGCAGUGUUUUUUCCAUCUACAAGUCAGAGUUAUCAAAAGUGGAGAGUAAAUCCUUGGCCGUUGUCAGUUCAUCUGAUGAGUCCCUAGAGGCUUGUUGGUUUGUUGAUGGUAUACCUAUCAAAGCUCGAUGACUAUACUAUUUCCCAGUCACCCUCACCCAAUGAAGACUUGAGCGUGAGUACUCAAUAUUCUCAACUGAGCUCAGAAGAGAGUGUCAGAAUCACAGAGUCCUUAACUAGUCUGAUUCAGAGCAUUAAGAAGCUCUCUAGCAAUGACUUCCAGACUCAGGCAGAAGAGGCAGUGAGUAAAGUGCUGAUGAGAUCCAGUCAUUCCUUUAUCACACAGAUCCUUUCAGAAUCCAUGUCCUCUGAGAAUACAGCCUCUGGAUUAGUGGAAACCUUUGUCAAAGGAAUGGGGACUAUUUUCCAGAAAAAUGAGUCCACUGACACUGUGCUACUGGAAAGAAGUGGGAGAGUUUCACAGUGCUCCCACUGGGGCUCCCAACUGGAUGAUACUGAAUUGAGUGUUAAAAUAUCAGAGAAGCUUUGGUCAACAGCUAAGACCAUCUGCGUCAGUAUGAAGAACACACAUAAGGAUUUCUUCACAGGGCUGAAGCCACCCGGAUCCGAAAGGACAGAAAAUGCUUCUUCCAAAGAGACCCUUGGGGAAAUCCUGGUUGCUAUCCAGAGUGAAAUCUCAAACUUAGGGCGAAUUAAGGAUUCCAGGGAGCUCCUUCAGAUCAAUGAUAUGGUAGGAACUAUGCUGAAGGAGGUUGAGAAAAGUGAGGAUGACAGUGAACAAGUCUGCCAAGACAUCCCUAGAACCUGUUCAUCUUUGUCCACUUCUUUAAAUGGUCGUAGUUCCUUGUCCAGCUCUUUAAAGGGUCCUAGGUCAGAGUGAGUUCGAGAUCAACCUACCUGGCACUCUCAUCCCUGACCAAGUGCCUUUUGAUCUGACCUGCCCCAUCGUCAGGAGCUCCUGCAUCGACACCAGGGUCUCUAAAAUGCCAGAGAUUUCUUCAAGUGACCUAAAGACAAAGAUGAUGGCACACACAGAUGAACCCCUGCAUCGUAACAGUCCAAUUACUGACAGCAGUCGACCGCCGAGUGCUAAAGCCUCUUUUCGAUCCUCCACUCAGUCUUUCACCAGCAAGGGAACCUCUUUGGUACCAAAGGGAGAUGGGAUUGACAUUGAAGAGAAGGAGGAGUGUAUCCCCAGCAGCUCUGGCCAUCUGAGGGAGCUCUUAAUCACCCCGGACAUCAGCAGUGCCACUGCAUUCCCACUGCAGUAGUUGAUGGACUCCAGCAAAGAUGAUGUCAUCUGUUUGGUCGCCAUACUGGUGAUACGGUUGCUAUCGGAGAUCAGACCCUCAACCCUAGAUGGACCCUCCCAACAGGCAGCAGAUCUGACAGAAACAUCUCAGCAACUCAUCAGACAAGUCCUGUCUGAGUUCUGUGCUGCAUCCAGAUUCUCCAGGACAAAGGCAUAUUCGCAGAACCUGAACAUCCACAGGGUGUUCAGAGGUGUACAUAAAAACCUCAUGGAGGAGUUUGGCUCUUAUAACACCCUGCAAGCAGCUCUUUCCUCCCAGGACCCUGCAUUUGACACAGUCCUGGUAAAGUCCUUGACCCAGCAGCUGGUACAGGGAUGCAAGGAGGCGUCAAGACCAGCUUCUGCUGCAACAAACCCAUCAGACCAGGCUGAGACAGAGAGGGGGGCUGAGCAGAAAGCAAGAAGGAGCUUCCUUUGCUUUUCAAUGACCAAACUCAGGAUCAACUUCAAGCGUUCCAAGAGAGGAAACAAAAAGGACUGCCAUUCAGUCCAGGAACAGACUGAGAUUCCCUCUACUGACUGACAUUGCAUAGCUCCAGUUGGAGAGGUUUCUCCCUCCAUAUCUCAGCCUGUCAAAAAACGAUUGUCAGGGUCUUUUCAGCAAUGAUGAAGCCAUUCAGGCGCUUCACCAAGAAGAACCUGUAACCUCUUAGGCUGCAGUUAGAACUACUUUUGUAACAGCAAGGAAUUUCUGUAUGU